AUGCCCUCUGAUGGCACCUUUCCUCUACACGAGCUAUGUCGAGAAGGUCAGGCUAGUGAAGUACGGGCUUUGGUUGAUGAACAGCCUGAUCUUGUGCUGAAAAAAGACCUGGACAGCAGAUAUCCCCUUCACUGGGCUAUUUCAUACCAACACGUCGAUAUUAUUGAAUUUCUGCUCAGUCGAAUGCAAAAUGUGGAUCUUGACGACUUAGUUGAUGAUUCUGGCUGGUCGCCUGUUCAUAUUGCUUGUUCUGUGGGUAACAUAGACGUUGUCACGAAGUUGCUCAACCACAGCACCAAGCCUGACGUGAACCUUACAACUACGCAAGGCAUAUCGGCUCUCCAUCUGGCAUGUUCCAAACAACAUCUGUCUAUAGCUCGGCUACUGACACAAGAAGGCGCCUCUGUCAGGCUCAAAGAUGCGAGGAACCAAGUGCCCUUGCAUAGAGCAGCAAGUAUCGGAAGCCUACCGCUGGUUGACCUUUUGUGCCAAAACAAAUCACCCGUGAAUAUCAAAGAUGUCCAAGGGUGGACUCCACUCUUCCAUGCCUUGUCGGAGGGGCAUGGAGAUGUUGCUGUAGCACUAGUACAAAAAUACAAUGCGGACUUCGUAGAUCUACGAGAUGUUGACGGCAAGUCACCCUUGGAUGUAGCCGCAGAUGAGAAGGUCAAGGACUAUUUUCUGCAUAACACGAAGUAA